CUUACUACUUCUUGCGCCCAACAGCCAUGUUCGGCGACAACUUCAAUCGGUGGUUCGAGUUGGUCUUGUUCCUGGCUGUGCUCGUUUCCUCCAUCUUCACAAUAUGCCUCCUGACCUUGCCCUCACAAUACGACCCUUUCAGGGACAAGGUCCUCCAGGAUCCUGAAGAAGAAAAAGAAGAGAAAGAAGAGAAACAGAAAAGCAAAGACAAAGACCAGCCAGGGUGGUUUAGGCCCGGCAGGACCGUCCAGGUGGUUGUCCUUGGAGACAUCGGCCGGUCUCCACGUAUGCAAUAUCACGCAGUUAGCAUCGCAAAGCAUGGAGGUCGGGUAUAUCUGAUUGGAUAUAGAGAAUCAGAAGUUCAUCCAGAUAUCUUGUCAAGCCCACGCAUCAAGAUCAUAUCACUUACUCCGGCCCCGACAUUCCUUCGCUCCAGCAGCAAGCUACUCUUCCCUAUUCUGGCACCACUCAAAGCUCUCUGGCAAGCCCGCAGCCUUUACCGCGCUUUAGGAUAUCGAACUGAGCCAGCCAGAUGGAUGCUUGUUCAGAAUCCGCCGUCUAUUCCAACGCUGACUAUUGCAGCUUUUGUGUGCUUCUUCCGUAACACAGAUCUUAUAAUCGACUGGCACAACUUUGGUUAUUCUAUCCUUGCCUUGAAACUUGGGCCACUUCAUCCGCUGGUUAUGGUCUCUGCCUUGUAUGAAAACAUCUUUGCCCGCCUUGCAUCCCACCAUUUCACUGUGACGGAUGCUAUGACGCGUGUCUUGAAGAGCAAGUACGGAAUUACAGCCCAUACCUUGCACGAUCGGCCGGCCGCCAUAUUCCGUCCAAUUAAUAGCCAAGAGAGGGCGAAGUUUCUAGCUCGUCUUCCAGAGACAGCUCAGUACGCGCAAGAUCUCUCACCAACGGCCAAAGCCCCAUGGAAAUUACUUGUCAGCGCAACCUCUUGGACGGCCGACGAAGACUUUUCCGUCCUACUAGAUGCACUUAGUGCGUACUCAGCACACGCUGCCUCGAAGACACAGCUUCCCAAACUCCUCGCGAUCAUUACUGGCAAAGGUCCCUUGAAAGAGCACUAUCUCUCUAAAGUUCAAGAGAUGAAUCAGGAAAAGAAACUGCUCAAUGUUGUCAUACAAACUGCGUGGCUCACGCCCGAAGACUAUGCUACUCUGCUUGGGGCAGCGGAUCUUGGCGUUUCCCUACAUACUUCGUCUUCGGGCGUGGAUUUACCAAUGAAAGUCGUGGAUAUGUUUGGCGCUGGUCUGCCUGUGGUAGGGUGGAGCAAAUUUGAGGCGUGGCCGGAACUGGUCAAAGAAGACAUAAAUGGGAAAGGUUUUGGUAAUUCGGAAGAGCUUUUACGGCUGCUUGUGGAUGUGUUCGAAAACAAAAAUGGGCUACUAUCAACGUUGAAAUUGGGUGCUUUGAAGGAAAGCGAGCAUCGAUGGGAUGAUGAGUGGGAUCAAGUGGGUGGAAAAUUGUUCAAGUUUGUUAGCUAAGCC